CCGAGUCGUUGCAUCGCGUAACGGGUUGUCAACGUGAGCAUCAUGAGCACCACACCGCCGCUCGGGGUGACGCUCGCCUUCUUCGACGCCUUUAUCGCAUCCAACGGCGGCGAGGCGGCAUUCGUCGGCCUCACAACCGCCCAAGUGAGCACGUCCUUCUUGAUGCCGACGACUGCAGCCACGAAACUCUCGCUCGUCGAGCAGCUCAAGAACGACCCUUGCGUGCAGCCUGCGCGUUACUUUGUGUCGCACGCGUGGAAGUACUUCUUUUUGGACGUCCUCGAGAGCCUUCGCCUCUUCUUCGUUGACAAACCCAUCGCCGACCACAUUGUCUGGUUUGAUCUCUUUUGCAAUUCGCAGCACGACACGACCAUCAAGCCCUUCUCGUGGUGGACAACAACGUUUCGGAGCUCGAUCGGCGCCAUCCAAAACGUCAUCAUGGUGCUUUUGCCGUGGGACCGACCGAUUCCGCUCACCCGCGCGUGGUGCGUCUUUGAGAUCUUUGCGACCGUCUCGACGAAAAGUGCCUUUCAUGUCGCGAUGACGCGCGCCGAGACGGAGAGGUUCGCCGAUCACGUGAGCGUCGACACCUUCUACGACAUGCUGGGCCACGUCAAGAGCGAAGCGUGUGAAGCGUUCCGGCCCGAGGACAAGGCGCAGAUCGCGGCGGCGAUCGUCGAUGCGAUUGGGUUUACGGCCAUGGACAACAUGGUGUUUCAGGUCUUUGGCGCGUGGAUGGCAACGACGCUGCAAGCCAAGAUUGCAUCGACCUCGAAUGUGCUCCAAGCCAACUGGCAGCUCAAACUCGGGUCGCUGUGCCAAGCCCAAGGCAAGUUUGCCGACGCUGAGCGGCUGAUUGACGCGGCGGUUGCCACCAAGAAGCUGUGCGCGGGCCAUGACGCCGCCGAGACGCUCAUUGCGAUGGAGCGGCUGGCGACCUUGUACAACGAACAGGGCCAGUUCGCGCGCGCUGAAGAGGUGCUUCGACACUGUCAACUGGGCUGGGAAAAGCUCGGCCACGCCGAGACGGCGCCGGCCGCCAUCAUUGCGCUCGAGACACUUGCGACGACGCUGCAGAACCUCGGCAAGUUCGAUGAUGCCGAGGCCAUUUACGUCAAGUGCAUUGCGCACCGCCAGCAGGUGAGUGGCGACAACCACGAAAGCACGCUUGUCUGCAAGUGCAAUCUCGCGACGCUGUACGAAGAACGCGGCGAGUACAGAAAAGCAUCGCCGCUCUUGACCGAGUGCUUGGCCGCAUCGAUUGCGACGCUUGGCCCCGACAACCCGCGGACACUCACGCUCAAGAACAACGCGGCGGCCAAUUUGAACUACUUGCGUCACUUUGACGCCGCCGCCGCGCUAUACGUCGAGUGCCUGAACGACAGCGAGCGUCUCUUAGGUGGCGACCAUCCGAGCACGCUAGCAACCAUGAACAAUGCGGCCGCCAACUUUGCGGCCCAUAAAAAGUUGACCGACGCCGAGGCGCUGUACACGACAUGCGUCGAGCGGAGCAAGCGCGUGCUCGGACCGGAGCACCCGAGUACAUUGAAGACGAUAAACAACCUCGCGAGUUUGCUUCGGGAGGCCGAAAAGACUGACGCCGCCGAGGUCUUGUUUCAGGAGGCGCUCGCAAUCAGCACCAAAGUGCUCGGCCCGUCGCACCCCAAUACGCUCACGACCAUGUCCAACCUCGGCCGGAUGUACGAGCAGGUAGGCAAACUAGACGCGGCACUAGCGCUCCUUGUCCCUUGUCUUGCGUCGCGUCGCCAAGUGCUGCCGCCCGAGCACCCUUGCAUCGCCAAGACCAUCUUGUCCGUUGCGCUGCUAUUUGAAGCCAAGCACGAGUUUACUGCCGCGGAGCCGCUUUUGCGCGAGUACUGCGCGCUCCAAACGCGCCUCCUUGGGGCCACGCACCCCGAGACGAUCUUCGGACGCUUUACACUUGCCGAGCACUUGGUCAAAAGCCAUGCACUCGAGGACGCCGAAGCCAUCUUCCUCGAGUGCGCUGCCAGUGCCUUGCCGACAUUUGGCCCCAGCGCCCCCGAAACAAAGCACUUUGAAAGCGCGGUCGAGGUCUUCUACCUCAAUCGAAGUCAAACAAGCAUGAAGGCGAAAGAGUGGGGCGACGCGGCGCGCGACCUGGCGGCACUCGAGGCCUUUGGUACUACCCACCCGCUGAGCGCCAGAGCCACGGACGCGCUCCGUGUCCUCAAGCAGCACCUACCCGUGGGCGCACCGCACAAGGUCGCGUCGUCGACGGGCUAAGAACGUAGCCGCGAUGCCAAUCGGACUACGAGUACCGAUAAAUUUCGAACAAAAAAAAGAACAUCCCGGCGGCAAAGUGCAAUGUGGUGGGAAACGUGAAAAAUACACGGCGAUCCAUCCAGCAACCGCCGACGAUCCAUCGUGUGGCUGCCACGCCAUUGCCAGUCAGGCGCUGAAGCAUGUCGCAGACGCUGUGCCGUUCGCGCGCGUGGAUGCCCGCUGG